CCAAAACAAGGAGAUUCGCUAAAAAAUCCGGACGAAAGGUGCUUUUUAAAAAUUUAUCUGUUACCUCCUUUCUUCGUUUCUAGCGAUGCACUGUUAACCACGACGCAGUGACUAGCGAAUCGGUUUCCGCGUUUUUCCGCCGCCGUUUCGGACCUCAACAUGCGCAAAUACCAACAACUGGCGCUGGUGCUGCUUUCGAUCACCUGCGUUGUGAUACUGCUGGUGUACAAGAGCGAAAACAAUCGGUUAAAGUACGUGCUGGAGGUGGUGAACAUCUUUGGCCGUAACGAUGCCGCUAGCUUGAUCCGGAUCGACAACAGCAGCCGGCUUCACAGUUCACCGUACGAGUUCGACAAUCCUUUGCCGGCAUGGCAACGCAUCGGCGAUGGGUUCUACGUUUACUCGUCAUUCUGGCAGAAAAAUGAGCUGGCUGCCGGUGGCACCGUGAUCAGUAUCGUGGUGGGGUUGGAACAGGCCAUCGUGAACUUCAAGUGCCAGAUUCAGCAUGGCAGCAGCGAUAUCGUGACCGGAAAGCUGUUAUUCACACGCAUCGAACCACCGACGACUGGUUCGGUGAAAAGCCCAAACGGAGAGUCUUUCGCUGUGUAUAAAUUCUUCUGCAAGGUUGCCCGAGACUUUGGCCAACCGACGGAAGUGAUCUUCACCGAUGUGAACCAUGCCAUCAAGCGGUACGUGCCACUGCGGGUGCUCGAGAGCCGUUCCGUUCGGCAACGCAUGACAAUGACGGCCUGUGUCGACAUGAACGAUUAUCUUGAUCUGGAAGAAGAGUUCCGGCUACCCUCGGCCAUUCUGCAGUACUUCCUGCACCAUCAGAUUGUGGGAGUGGAAGACUUUAUCGUGUACAACAGCAAUGCCCUGAGUGGCGCAUCGGCCGCCCUAUUGUACAACCAUGGCAUAAAGAUUAAUCUGUUGCCCUACAACUUCCCCUUCGAUUUAGCAAACCGGCAGCAGAACCGGCUAAUAAUCGAGAUGGACUGUCUAAUGCGUAACUAUAAUGCGGCAAAGUUGUCGUUCGUCGGUGCGAUCAAUGAGUACCUGUACCCGAGCUCUCGCCUCCGGCUGAACAAUCCAUUUCUCAAGUAUGCCUGGAAGGUAUCGAGCGACGUAUCGCGGUUCGGAGUGGGCACCCGGUCCAUUUGUCUGGAUACGCGCAAAAAGAUAUUUUCCGACAACCUCCUGUACGACGUCGACGCCCAUCAGGACAUCGAAGGACCUUUCUACGUGUACAAACCACAACACUAUAAUCGUACCGCCGGAGGAACCGUGGAUUACGUGAAAACGCUCGACGUUGACCGGAAUGUGCUGUUUGUACACCGGUACGGUGGCAAAUGUAGUGGUAAAUCGAAUUUGCACGAAUGGACGACCAGUUUGCAGCCCGACUUUCUACAAUACGUCACCGAUGUGGGCCGUGAGCUGAACAAACUCAUCUUUCGGUAAACCAGCGACCGACUGUCCGUCCCAUGAUGAUCUCACACAAGAGCACGGAACCAGAUAACGACGAUGAUGAUGCAAGGGGACGGUACGAGUAGCAAUGCUGCAAACCGCCCUACCAAAAUGUGCCAGAUGCCUGCAGGAAGGUAAAAACGGAAAAUAAUCUGGUGUGACCACUAUUUCGCUCAAAGACCAGGUUGCCAGGUCGCGGAUGUUUCGCAAUUGGUUUCGCAAGUAGGGAAAAUCCGUUUCUCGCCCUCGCAAUGAAUUAAGUACGAAGCAGUCCAAAGAAAGUGAACGACAUCUGCAGCCGCGUUUCUCGGCUCUUUCGCCAUAGGUGCGCUUCUACGUGGUUGCCCUUCGUUGUAAUUUCUUCUCUCUCUCAUUCUCUCUGUCCCUUACUUUUCGCCAACUUGCAGCUAGUAACGCACGAGGAUAAUAUUGAAAAUUUCAAUAUCUGACAAAAAUGAUAGAAAGCGCGCCGCACGCGAAGAGUAUAGAUGCUAAGCUAGAUUAAAGACAACCGCGCCGCAGCGUGUGCUACGGUUUUUAUCGAUCGAAUACGGAACAAUAAUUACUCAAUCAAAACAUCACUUUCUUCUAACCCCCUUUUAAAGUAAUCCGGUCUUAUCGUACGCAGGAAUUAAAUCAUGCAAAUAUCAGAUUUUUCCACUUUUUCAAUUAAAGUUCGAUGAAAACGA